AUGGAAGAAGACGAACUCUCUCCGUGUAGAGCCCUGUACUACGUCGGGCUCUACGAUCAGUGCCUCGCGCGCUGCAGCGCCACGCACGUAACUGGCGCACUCGCUCAGCAGGAAAAGGAAGGUCUCCUGUAUGCCUGCCGCGUGAUGCGGAGUCGCCAGACGCAGGGCGGAGUGAAUCCGAAUGAAGUGCAGGCGAUGAGCGCGAGCCUCAAUCCCUUUCUGCGCAGCCUCGCGAUCUACUUGCAAUUCCUUGCGGCCGCGUCCGCUCAGGAGCAGUUGACUAUGUAUCAGCAACUGCGUGGCUUGAUGCAGGAACAAGGCAACACGUUCUCCGUCUUUUUCGCGGCCUCCGCGGCCGCCACCCUGGGAAACUUUUCUGACGCUCUGCAGUUCGCCUCUCAGCUUCAGCUUCUCGAGAUGCGCGUGCUGAAGAUUCAGAUUCUGCUGCUCAUGAAUCGCGGAGACUUGGCUGAAGAAGAGGCGCGACAGGUGGGUUGUGCGAGAUGCGAUGUAAAUCCCGCCAGUUUUGUGGCGUGUACCCUUUUGCUGCUGACAGGCAAAGCCGCGGCGAACAUCCAACGCCGUGAAUGGACGACGGCGCUGGAAGACGCGCUCGCCGCUUACCAACAGGCGCCCCAAGACGCCGACACGCUGGUAAACUUGAUCUGCUGCUGCCAGAACCUGAAGAGGCAUCAAGACGCAGGCUUUUACCUCGAGCGCCUGAGCAGCAUCGCACCUUCGCACCCGAUGGUCGCCAAGAUGCGCGAGCUGCAUGCAGCCUUCGCGAACGCAGCAACCGCGCCGAAGCCGAACGCCCACGUUCUCUUGUGA